AUGUGGCAGAAACCAAUCAUCAUGGACGUCCCAGUGAAGGCUCAGAGGGAGAGGGUAGAUGUGGCCUCAGCAGCAGCUCCUGAUGGUGGCUACGCCUGGUUCAUCCUGCUCUCCAGUUUCCUUGCAUUCGGCCUGACCUUCGGUGUCAUUAAGGCCUUUGGUGUAUUUUACGUUGAGAUACACUUUGAAACCACAGCAACAGCAACAUCUUGGAUUACCUCUAUUGCCGUAGGCACCUUUCACAUUCGCUCCUUAAUUUUCAAAAUAUUCCAUAAACUUCGCUACAGCCAUCGCUCUGUAGUCAUAGCGGGAGGACUGAUAUCCAGCGUAGGAGUCGUGUUUUGGGCUUUUUCGCGCAACCUGAUUGAACUCUACCUAACUGUCGGGUUUCUAAAUGGUUUAGGUUAUGCAUUGACAUGAUCAAUCACCUUUCUGGGUUUGUACUUUGAGAAGAGGCGUCCGAUGGCUAACGCCUUGGCCUGUGCUAGAGAGUGCAUCCUUACCUUUAUCCUGACACCCCUAUUCCAGCUGUUGAUUGACAGCUACUCCUGGAGGGGUGCUUUGCUAAUCUUAGGGGGUAUUCAGUUUAACCUCUGUGUUUGCGGGAUGCUGCUGAGACCCCUAAAAGCCAGAGACCUGACCUGUGAGGUCAAAGCCAAUGAGGAAGGCUUGUCUUUGGAAUUGCUACCAAAAAAUGAAUUGGAGGAAAGAUGACCAAGAUGCCUAGAGGCGAAGGAUCUGCGAAUACCCGGGGGAUCUGAUCAUGUUACUGAGAGGGCAUGUCUUGAGGACCCUGAUGAGAUACCACAUUUAACCAUGACGCCACAAGAUUCUAACAAUAAGAAUACGAUGACUGGACUAAGCACCAAAAUCCUUCGUUAUGGAUAUACCCUCAUAACCAAUGCUCGAUUCAUGGUCUACUCAGGGUUUGGGUUGUUUGCUGCGCUGGGUUUCUUUGCCCAAGCUCUGUUCCUUGUUCCAUAUGCUCGUGGUAAGGGGAUUGAGGAGUACCAGGCUGCUGCACUGGUGUCCAUCUCAGCAGCGUUGGAUCUGUUUGGAAGGUUGUUCUUUGGCUGGCUGGCCAACUUGAGACUGGUGGAGAUGGUGCAGCAGCUGAUAGCUUCAGUGAUUCUGCUGGGUACUGUGUUGCUUCUCUGCCCGCUGGCCUCCUCAUUCUCAGAGCUGGCAGCUUUCAGCGCAGCGUACUGCCUGGUGUACGGGGCCACGGUCGCCAUCCAGAUCACCGUGCUCUGUGAGGUGGUGGGCGUCAACAGGCUCAGAAGCGCCCUGGGGUUCUUUAUGCUCAUACGCAGAGGCAUGCUUGGACCACCCAUUGCUGGAUUCUUCAUAGACAAGUCGAGUGACUACGGAACGGCUUUCAAAGUGGGACAAAGUGUCAAAACUCAAGCCAUAGAGCUGGACAUAACAUGA